AUGUUGGGCAUCAAUCGUAAGGCGCUGCCCUUCACUUUCAUCCUCCAAGCAUCCCCGCUGCGAGCAGCCAUGGCCGACAAAUCUCGUCUUGAUAGAGUAUACGCAAAGCUCUUAUCCAACCACCCAUAUGGGUGGGCUUUGUACAAGAAGGUCACGACUCAGGAUAUGCACCCAGGUAGUUGUGGCUAUUUUGACUCAGAUGGAGAUUGGCAUACCAUCGUCGAUCUCCGAAGCCCAGACGAUCUCACUACUCAUGGCUGGGCGCUUCCGGAUGAUAGGAUCAAUGAAAUAAGAGCCCCAGGAUCUACAAGGUGGGGUCCUAAAAGCUCAAAAUCCGUCCAGACCAUAUGUAUUGGAGGUACGGCUAAAGCAGCCGCUAUGGCGAGCACUCUUGAGACCUCUUUGACAGUUUCUUUUAAGAGUAACAGUGACCAAGGCGCUGUGCUCACCACUACGGACCCUGUAACAAGGCAUCAGCUCGGCGAUGAGCUCAGCGCCUUGCAGUGGAUGGCUGACAACACCUCUAAGAUGAUACAUCAGCAUAAAGAUAUCGUUAAAAGACAUGGUAUAUGGAUCAUCACAAAGACUUACUCUACACGUAGUUGCGCUAUCGCUAUCAUGUCAAGUGAAUCGUCAUCCAUUGACAUCACGCUCGAUAAUAUGCAAGGGAUAUUAGCCUUGACGCCUAAAAGCGCAUGGUCCAGAAGCUCUGGGAACUCUUGUACCGAAAUACACGAAGAUGUGGAUGGAGUGGUUGUUUUUAUCAGUGGAAUUUAUUUCUCUCAGAAGCGCUGGCGAUCGAAGCUGGGUCAGGCUCGAGACCAGCGUCAGCAGAAAGAUAAGCUUUACAGAGGAGACGAAAGUGAGACUGGGGAUGGCGAGAGUAAUGAACUGGACGUUGAAUACUACCCUCCCAUUGAUGAAGAUGAUGAUGAAGAGGCAGACGAGCAAGAAGAUGAGUUUGCGAAAAUCAUGCCCAACUCGAAAUAUGGAUGCCUAAUACUCAGAUUCAUUACCCAAUCCCUUGACAAGGCACAAUCAGCCAUCAAUCAACAGAUUCCGAAGAAAAUAUCCGCACGAUUUAUUUAUCAUCGUUUCUGGGAGAUCAAUAGUAAAGUUUCCGAACAAAAUAUGUCGAAAAAAUUUGCUCUCCUCGUUGGGAUAGAUCUAUAUCUGAGCGAUGGCUCAAGAAAGGGAUCUGACAACCUUCACCAUCUUCGCGGUUGCACCAAUGACGUGAAAGCCAUCAACGAAUUUCUCAACGACAAGUACAAAUUUGACGAAAUUACUACACUCACUUCUUCUUUCCCCGACUCCGACACUAACAAUACCGCACCUAUUGAGUCAUCCGACCACUUACCCACGUUUGUCAACAUAAAAGCCAAGUUUGCCGCCAUAUAUGAUCGCGCAGUUUCCGGAGACUUGUUUUACUUCCACUACUCUGGGCAUGGGAAAUUGCUUCCGCGACAAGCCGACUCUCCUAAAAGUAAUACACUUGAAGACCCCUCGUUAAUCACAGUUGAUUUUUGCUGUGGCCAACCUGCAAUUCGUGGAUGGCAGCUCAAUCAGUGGCUGAGGAAGCUCAACAACAAGGGUAUCCGAUUACUUGUUACCCUCGAUAGUUGCUAUUCUGAAGGUUCCUGGAGAUCAAGCGGUGAUUACGUCUCUCUUCGCACACCAAAAGAUUGGUUUCCCGUGCCGAAUCUGCCCGCAGACGACCAAGCAGCAGCAAACUCUGGGCAAAACGCAGAGCCUACCUAUCGCGAUGCUGAGCUUGGCAAAUCCUGGUCCAUAAAUCCCGAAUCAUUUACGAUUCUUGUGGCUUGUGGUAGUAAAGAAAUGGCAGCUGAGAAGAUUAUUGAUGGGAAAAUACAUGGUGCUUUUACAUGGGAGCUGCUGGACUAUCUCAAAGACAACGAAAGCGAGGGUACAAAUGUGACAUAUCGGAUGAUAUCAGACCAGCUUAAUAUGCGACUCAAGGAUCAGACACCGAAAGUUUAUGGCCGAGAUAGACUGAUUUUUCUUGAAAAUUCCGAACCGUUCUCAGCGCUUUCUAAAGUUUUUUUGGUCGUGCAGCUUCAGGGAAACAAGGUUGUUGUACCGGCCGGUAAAGCUCAUGGGGUCAACGUGGGAUCCGAAUUCAUGCUAUCACCACGAACACAGAGUAGUUUGUUCUCUGUGGACGAAGGGUAUCGCCACACUGUCACUUUAUCCCGAUGGCAUCUAGGCAAGGAUUCAUUUCAGGUAUAUGUUGAUCCCGCCUUUGGCUCAGACUUUCGCAGCAAACUGCAAAAACGGCUUGAGGAGAGAAUCAUUAGCCCUAUAGAGAUUCUUGUAUCGAUCAACAAUCGUACAGACGUAUUAAGGCUCGAGAAAUGGGAGGGAGAUGUCGCCAAAAUCUGUGGGCCAGCGUGGUUGAUUGGCUCCGACGAUCCUGUUCGACCACUUGAUCUAGAAAAGGACAACUUCAGCGAGCUUGCUACAGAAGCAGCUCUCGCACUUGCGCAUCUCGCCCGGUUCUGGCAGAUCCUCCUCCUCAAAACCCAGUCAUCGUCCAAGCCGGCCUUGUUCAACGUGAGCAUAAAGCCAGUGAAUGGUGAUACUACAGCCGGUGUAUACCCAAUUCAUCAAAAGUUCAGAUAUACCCUCGAAAACGAGAGUGACGAACAGUUGCACGUUACUGUCGUGGUAUUCAGCCCAGAGUUCAGCAUCGAGCAACUAUACCCACCGAGGGACGAUCCACAGACCAUCGACCCCGGCAAAAGAAAGACGUUCAGUUUCUCCAUGACACUCCCCAACGGACCUCAGUGGGUUCAAGAGUCACUGUGUCGCACCAGUCGUCGAGAUAUUGUUCGUACACUUGUUACAAAGGGUGGACGGAUCUCCUGGAAGAGCCUAGAGCUUCCGAAUAUAUGGGACGCAGGCGAAGUUGGUUUACCCAAACUGCCAUCCCACACUCGUGGAGGCUUUUCUAGGCUGCAAAUUGAAGCGGAUUGGUGGUCACACGACGAGGAAAUCUUUACAGGGUCUGCCGAUAAUACAUGUGUUUAG